CUAGAAGACUGUAUAUAAUUGUUGGCCAUGAGCUCAUGAAUAAGACAGAGAAUUCUCGAUUCUGUUCAGAACAUUUAGGCGUUUUUUUUGUUUGUUGAUAAUGAUCCCAAGCUUUCUUGUACGUACUAUGGCUGUUUAACGUUGUGGCUGCCUCACAUGUCAGAUCUAACACCUUUGUUUAAGGCAGAUCUACAACAUCAUUUACUUCUAAUUAGAGUAUUAGACUAUGAAAAUUGUAAAAUUUGUUACUCAAGUAAUGAUGAAUCAUGGUCGUUGUUUCACAGUCUCGAGUUUUCUUUCUGAGUUGUUUGUUGAUUUUAACCUCUUUGGCAAAAUCAAUCAUCUUUGUUCUAAGGUGGAAGGAAGGACUGUGAAAGCUCAGAUAUGGGACACUGCUGGGCAAGAAAGAUACAGAGCCAUAACUAGCGCCUACUACCGAGGCGCUCUUGGAGCUCUCUUGGUCUACGACGUCACUAAGCCAACAACUUUUGAGAACGUAAGCAGGUGGUUAAAAGAACUCAGAGACCAUGCUGAUUCCAAUAUUGUCAUCAUGUUGAUUGGUAACAAGACAGAUCUGAAGCAUCUCAGAGCUGUUGCCACAGAGGAUGCUCAGAGCUAUGCUGAGAAAGAAGGCUUGUCUUUCAUCGAGACAUCUGCCCUCGAGGCAUCAAACGUAGAGAAGGCUUUUCAGACGAUUCUCUCAGAGAUUUAUAGGAUCAUCAGCAAGAAAUCGAUAUCUUCGGACCAGGCAACUGCAAAUGCCAACAUCAAGGAAGGCCAAACGAUUGAUGUCGCUGCUACUUCUGAUUCAAACGCUAAGAAGCCUUGUUGCUCUUCCUCUUGAAAGGCUUUGCUUUUUUUGUGUCUCACUUUAAAAGCCAAUAUCUAUGCGACUUU